GCAAGAUGAACCCCAUGGAGUCCAAUAACCCCCAAACACCAUCACAAAAAACCUCAUUAGCCCAAAAACUAAAAACCAACUUGAUUUUCCGGUCUAAAUGGGGCGAGCUUAACGGCGCAAUGGGCGACUUAGGGACGUAUAUCCCUAUCGUCCUAGCGCUAACGCUCGCUAGAGACCUUAAUUUAGGUACUACAUUGAUUUUCACAGGAAUUUACAACAUUGUAACAGGUGCAAUAUAUGGUGUCCCAAUGCCUGUCCAACCCAUGAAGUCUAUUGCCGCGGUCGCUAUAUCUGAUCCCGAUUUUGGUAUUCCCGAGGCUAUGGCAGCGGGUAUAUGUACUGGUGUGAUUUUAUUUAUACUCGGUGUGACUGGGCUUAUGCGGCUAGCUUAUCGGGUCAUUCCUUUACCAAUUGUUAGAGGAAUUCAACUAGCACAAGGUUUAUCGUUUGCCAUGACCGCGGUUAAGUAUAUAAGAAAAGAACAAGAUUUUUCAGAGUCGAAAUCCAAAGGGAAUCGACGUUGGCUAGGACUCGAUGGGUUGGUCCUGGCAAUUGUUUGUGUUUGUUUUAUUAUCAUUGUAAAUGGUGCAGGUAAUAAAUAUGAAGAUAAAGAUAAAGACGCCGAAAUUAAUGAUAAUCAAGAUGAAAUUGAAAAUAAAGAUAUUAAAGAGGCAUAUUGGAGAAAACUUGUUGAAGCUUUACCUUCAGCAUUUAUUGUUUUUUUGUUGGGAAUAAUUUUGGCUAUAGUUAGAGAGCCUAAAGUGAUCAAAGGGUUUAAAAUUGGGCCAUCUUCAAUACAAGUUAUAAAAAUUUCCAAAAAUGCUUGGAAAAAGGGGUUUGUGAAGGGCACAAUACCACAAUUACCCUUGUCGAUUCUUAACUCUGUAAUCGCGGUAUGCAAAUUAUCAACCGAUCUUUUCCCCCUAAAAACCGUCACGGCAACAUCAGUUUCCAUGACGGUUGGGGUGAUGAACAUAGUUGGAUGUUGGUUCGGUGCAAUGCCCUGUUGUCACGGGGCUGGUGGGUUAGCGGGUCAAUACAAGUUUGGAGGGCGAAGUGGUGGUUGUGUAGCCUUACUUGGCGCGGCUAAAAUGGUAUUAGGAUUGCUAUUAGGCAGCUCUAUCGUGAAGAUUUUGACCGCGUUUCCUGUUGGGGUUCUAGGCGUGUUGUUAUUGUUUGCUGGUAUUGAGUUAGCCAUGUGUGCUAGGGACAUGAAGUCCAAGGAGGAGUCAUUUGUUGUGCUCAUUUGCACCGCAGUAUCUCUAGUUGGCUCGAGUGCAGCCUUAGGCUUUGUUUCGGGCAUGGUGGCACACUUACUCCUUAGGUUUCGAAAGUUGGGGGGUCGAGAAAACAUUCAGUCAGUUUCGGAUUUUUGGAUGCAUAAUCCAUAAAAUUCAGCCAUGAUUUAGUGAAUGAAGCCUCGUGUAAUUGUGGAUUAUACAAUGUAGGAUGAAAAACUUUGUUAUUCAUUUAUUGAUGGCUUCUUGUUAAAUAAUCAAGCAAUACGUACGUACAAUUAAAAAUGUCGUGCAGCUAUUUAUGUA